GAGAGAAACAGAGUAGAAGAAUUCAAGGACCAAUGGACGAUUGUGUGAGGAGGAGGAGGAUGAUCACUACCCUCUCUACUUUACUCCUUUUCUCUUCACUCUAAAUCAACCAACACCAACCCCAAUGGCCAUUUUAUCACCAUAUUCAUCUUCUUUCUUAGACGCACUCUUCUGCAACGAAGAACAAGAUCAUCAAUGGAGUCUUGAUGAAGAUGAAGAUGGAGAUGAAAAUGAAAUUGCACAAACCACCCUCACAGAUUCCUCCGAUCUCCAUCUUACCCCCCUCGACCACCAACAAGAUUUGUUCUGGGAAGAUGAGGAACUCGUCUCUCUUUUCUCCAAAGAAGAAGAACAACAAACACAUUCUACUUUAGCAGAUCCUUGUGUUUUUGAUGCUCGAAAAGAGGCUGUGGAUUGGAUCUUGAAGGUCAAAGCUCAUUACGGGUUCCUUCCUCUUACCGCCAUUUUAGCCAUCAAUUAUCUUGAUCGGUUCCUCUCUAGUCUCCAUUUUCAGAAAGACAAGCCAUGGAUGAUCCAGCUUGUUGCUGUGAGUUGUCUCUCUUUAGCUGCCAAAGUUGAAGAAACUCAAGUGCCACUCCUCCUAGAUCUUCAAGUGGAAGAUAGUAAGUUCUUGUUCGAGGCCAAGAACAUACAAAAAAUGGAGCUUUUGGUGAUGUCGACACUGAAAUGGAGGAUGAACCCAGUAACCCCAAUCUCAUUUCUUGAUCACAUUGUAAGAAGGCUUGGAUUAAUACAUCAUCUCCAUUGGGAUUUCUUCAAGAAAUGUGAAGCUCUCAUUCUUCGUUUAGUCUCUGAUUCAAGAUUCAUAAGCUAUAAACCAUCUGUGUUGGCCACAGCUACAAUGCUUGGAGUUGUAGAUGAAGUUGAUCCUCCCAACUCCAUUGACUACAAAAGUCAACUUCUGGAUCUUCUCAAAACCACCAAGGAGAGCGUAAACGAGUGUUAUGCAUUCGUCAUCGACCUAUCUUACAAUCAGAAAAAGCGAGAACACGAGACGUCAACACCAACUUACCCUGCUAGCCCAGUUGGCGUAAUCGAUUUCACUUGCAACGAAAGUUCAAACGAUUCAUGGGGAUUCAGUUUCCACCAACCUUCGUUCAAGAAAACCAGAAUUGAUCAACAAUUCGGGUUUGGUUCCCUGAUAAACUGUUUCGAACCAUUUGUGAGCCCUCUUCAGCCAUAAAUUCGUGGAGGGUAGCUGUAGUUGUACGAACAAGCACGGUAUUAAAUAUUGGUCCACUGCUGCUAUAUAUAAACGAAACGACGACCUGUAGUAUAUAGGUUAAAAGGAGCAAUAGAGUGGUCAAUGGAGAGAUACGUUAUGAUGGUCGGUCUAUUUCGCUAUAUAUUAUGGUUUUAGCUUUUAUUUUUAAUUUUAAUUUAAUGUGAGAUAAAUUAAAUUGGGGCAAUGUGAUGUCUUUUUCAAGGUAGCGAUGGACAUAAAUUUGUUGAGAAAUUAAAUUCAUGGGAUAUUUGUA